AUGAUUGUCUGUACUUUCAAUGCACAGAAACUGGCAUCAGAAGCAUCCAUCGAGGACCUGAUGGUGCAAGUGCAGAUCAAGUAUGAUAUCAUUGGUCUGACCGAAAUGAGGAGACAUCAAUCACAUCAUGCCAUUUUUGACACUGGAGAAGAAUUGUUCCUCAGAACAUUCAAAAACAGAGGCAUUGGUGGCAUUGGUGUCCUUGUCAACACGAACUUGGCCAUGAGCAUCGAUUCAUUCGAAUGCCUAGCAGCCCGAUUUGGACAAUUAUGCUUGAAUAGAUGUGGCUCACUGCCCGCAGUUUCUAUCUUCGUCAUCUAUGAACCAACUUCCAACUACGAUGAAGAAGAAAUUGAGAGGUUCUACAUGGAACUGGAGAAGUUCUAUAAAGAAGACCACACCUUCUACAAGAUCAUUGUUGGUGAUUUUAAUGCCAAGAUAGGUCCAAGAAGGUCACCCGAAAAACUCCACAUUGGGACACAUGGCCUAGAAUGGAACGAUCAGGGUGAGAGACUGUCUGAAUUGAUCAUGUCGACCAAGACCAUCCAUGGUAACUCACAGUUCCAGAAGGCCAAAUCUAAAUGCUGGACGUGGGAGUCUCCCGGUGGACAGUUCCACAAUGAAAUUGACCACAUCAUAUUCAAUUGAAGGUUUUGCCUGACCGAUGUCGCUGUUGUCCCAAAAUUCCAAAUGGGAUCAGACCACUGUCUCCUUAAUGCGAAAUUCUACUUCACAGAGCAGGGAGAAAAGUCUGCAAAAUUUAAGUCUAAGAAGACAACUCCCAGAAUGACCACCAACUGGGAGCUCUUUAGCACUAUUGCAGCAAUGUGGGAAGAUGCCAUCCUUGAUAACAUCGAUGAGGAAUACCAUCGAAUGGUUCAGCACCUCCAUGUCUGUGCGAAGAAUGACGAGAGUGAGAAAGCCACAAACAAACGCCUGUCUUCGGAAACUCUCGAGCUCAUUUGUCAACGUUGUUUGGCGAGAGCCUCAGGCAACCACAAGCUAACAUCCAAGCUCACAAAGCUGUGCAGAGAUGCGAUAAAGGAAGACCUCAAAGAGAGAAGAGCAGCAGUGUUGGCAAGUGCAGCAGAAGCUGGGAAAAGUAUUCACAAUGCUCGCCUGUCUUUCACCAACUAUAAGACCAAGAUGACUGCCCUCCAACGUCUCCAUGGAUCUAUCACAUCCUCCAGAAAGGCAAUGGAGAAAAUUAUUCAUGACUUCUACUCGGAUCUCUUUGACAGCCAUGUCCACCUGCCCACAUACCAAAUUCUGCAGGAUGAAUAUGUCGUUCCCAACGUUCUCCCCUCUGAAAUCCGACACGCCAUUUUGCUGGUAAAGACGCUAACAGCACCUGGUCCGGACAAGGUCAGACCCGAACACAGAAGAGCACAUCUUUUCGAUUCCACCAUUCUUCCUGCACUAACAUAUGCCUCAGAGACCUGGGCCCUACACAAACACGAUGAGAACGCUAUUCGGGUAUCCCAAAGAGGAAUCGAAAGAGCUAUGCUGGGAACAUCAUGUCUCACUCAAGUGAGAGAAGGAAUCCAGAGUUCUGACCUCUGUCGAUGGUCAAAAAUCAGGGAUGCUGUCUCGUUUGCCAACGCAUCACAAAUCAGAUGGGCUGGUCAUGUAAUGCGAUUCAGAGACGACCACUGGACAAGAGCUGUUACUGACUGUAUUCCACGGGACGUCAGGAGACCUCGUGGCCACCCACCGACAAGAUGGUCAGAUUUCUUUGUCAAAUCUCUGAAUGAACGAUUUGAGGCUCUUCCUGUUCCUGGAGCGAGCAGGUAUCAUUGGGCUGCACUAGCUCAAGACAGGGACAAAUAGAGACGUUACUGGCGCCUGCUCGAGCAAAUCGAAGAUCAACGGGGCUACAAGUGA